AUGCAGCAGCAGACAGAGGAGGACGGAGCAGGGCGAGUGAGGGAGCUGCAGGAGCAGAGGAUGAGGAUGCAGAAGAAGACGUUCACCAAAUGGAUCAACAGCAUCUUCACCAAGAACAAGGAGCCCAUGGAGGUGUCAGAUGUGUACUCAGAGCUGAAGUCUGGUCUGGUUCUGAUCCGGCUCCUGGAGCUGAUCUCAGGGACCUCUCUUCGUGGAGCUCGGUCUAGAGCCCGGCUCCGUGUGCACUGCCUUGAAAACAAUAGCAUUGCCCUGAACUUCCUCCGGACCAAGAUCUCCCUGGAGUUGAUCGGACCUGAGAAUGUGGUGGACGGGGACCGCACCCUCAUCCUGGGCCUCCUCUGGGUCAUCAUCCUCCGCUUCCAGAUCGGACCCAUACAGGAGAAGGAGUCUGAAGGUCAGGCUCGGCGCUCGGCCAAAGAGGCUCUGCUGCUGUGGUGUCAGAGGAAAACUGCAGGAUACUCUGGGGUCAGCGUCCAGGACUUCUCCUCGAGCUGGAGAGACGGACUGGCCUUCAACGCUCUCAUCCACGCUCACCGACCUGAGCUGUUCUCCUACCCCCCCCUCCUGUCCUGGGACCCCGACUCGGCCCUGAUCCACGCCUUCAGCCUGUCUGAGCAGCAGUUUGGGAUCAUGCAGCUACUGGAGGUGGAGGACAUGCUUGUUCCUCACCCAGACGAGAAAUCCAUCAUGACGUACGUGUCGCUCUUCUACCACUACUUCUCCAAACGUCACCAGGAGCAGACGGUGCAGAAGCGAGUGACCAAGAUCAUCGGGAUCCUGCUGGAGCUGGACCACAUGAAGCUACAGUACGAGCAGCUGGUGUCAGACCUGCUGCACUGGAUCAACAGCAAGAUACAGCAGCUGAACGACCGCCGCUUCCCGAACUCUGUGAAGGAAAUGCAGACUCUGCUGAGCGACUUCAAACUGUUCAGAACGCUGGAGAAACCUCCCAAGUAUCAGGAGCGUGGGGCUAUCGAGGCUCAUCUGUUCAAUCUGAAAACUAAACUCGUGGCAAACAACCAGCGAGCGUACAACCCUCCAGAAGGCAGAACUCUCAGUGACGUGGAGAGGAGCUGGUCUCUGUUGGAGAAGGCUGAACACGAGAGAGAGAGAGCCCUGACCGACAGCCUGCUGAGACUGCAGCAGUUGGAGCAGCUGGCUCAGAAGUUUGAACGCAAGGCAUCUCUGAGGGAGGGUUACCUGGACGACACGCUGCGUCUGAUUGGUCGGCAGGAAUUGAGGUCGCUGCAAUCUCUGGAGGAGUCUCAAGCCGCGGGCCGCAGGCUGGAGGCCCUGUGUGCGGACGUGGGGGCUAGAGAGCCACGCUUCACCGCUCUGAGAGAGAUGGCCCUGAGCAUUGAGCGCGGAGGCUUCCACAGCACACAGCAGGUCCUCAGCAGGGAGAGGAACAUCAGCCAGAGGUGGAGGCAGCUCCAGCAGCAGCUGCAGGAGCAGAGAGGCAUGCUGGGAAAUGUAGUGCAGACUCUAAGCAUGCUGAGGGACAUGGAGCUGGUGUCGCAGGAGCUGAAGCAGCUGCAGUCUCAGGCUGCGGUCUCAGACCUGGGCAGACAGCUGACAGAGGUGGAGGCUCUGCUGCAGAAGCAGGACCUGCUGGAGGCUCAGGUCUCAGCUCAAGGAGAAGCUCUGAGCUCCAUCAGCGCCAUCGCUCUGAAGGGCGAAGGGAAGGACGCUCAGCAGAUCCAGAGCAGCGUGAGAGCUCUGGAGGCGCAGUACAAGUCGCUGGUGUCCGUCAGCAGCAGCAGGAGGAGGCAGCUGGAGGCGCAGCUGCAUCUGUGUGAGUUCCUCAGAGACUGUGACGAACUGGAGCAGUGGCUGUUCGAGCGUCUGGUCCCACUGCAGAGCUCAGGACUUGGACGAGAGCUGAGCCAGAUCCAACAGAGUCUGCACAAGCACAAGGUGUUGGAGGCGGAGCUUCAGGCACAAGAGGCAGUGUUUCGCGGAGUGGUGUCCCGCGGCCAGGACCUGGUCUCCAGACAGAACCAGGACCAGAAAAAGACAAUCCAGAGGUGGAUCAAAAGUCUGCAGAGACAGUGGAACCACCUCAACAACGAGAGCCGAGCCAAGAGAGACAGACUCCAGGCCGCCAACACCGUGAAGCAGUUCUUCUCAGAGGUUGAAGAAGUGUCCUCGUGGCUCGCCGACAGGAAGCCCCUUCUCACCGCAGAGGAUCAUGGGAAAGACGAGCAGAGCACAGCUGCUCUGCUACAGCGCCAUCUCAAGGUGGAGAAGGAGAUGACCGCUUACGGAUCCGAGAUCAGCAGACUGAAGGAGCAGGCCAAGAGCACAGAGGAGCUCACCAAGAUCACUUCAGAGCCCCAGCAGAGCCGCCCACUGCAGCUCAGCGAUUCAUCCUCUGAUGAGGGGGAGGGGCCUCCACCUUUGACAACAUCAGCUCGAGCAGGAAGUGGGAGGAGCCUCCGGAGCCCCGCCCCUUACACCGACAGCAAGGCCAAAGUGCGCUUCAGGUUCAGCCGAGGCCAGUACUCCUGGGAGCGUAACGAGGUGGUGACCAUCAUCAGAGAGGAGGAGGAUGGAGAGAGAGUGAUGGCUCGAGACAACAGAGGAAACCAGCAGCUGAUCCAUAAGACCUACCUGACCCUGUUCAGCCAGGCUCCUCCUGUGGGAUGCUCCAGCAGUGUUCCUGAGGGCCCCCAGGUCUCGGCCUCCAUUCGGCCUCGUCGCAGUCGCUCCAUUAGGCGCAGCACCACAGAGAUCCACACGUCCUGGAGCCCAGACCCACACUACGACAGAGGCAGUGUGGAGAGAGCCCAGAGGGAGAUGGAGGAGGAGUACCACAGUCUGCUCACACUGUGCCAGUCUAAGAUCCAGUCUCUGGAGGAGUCCCUGCAUCUCCAUCGCUUCUGCAGCAGCUGUGAGGAGUUUGAGUCCUGGAUGAAUGACAAGGAGAACAUCCUCAACACAUUCAGCUCCAACGAGAACCCUGGGGUUCUGCAGGCCAAGUACGAGAAUUUCUUGACAGAGCUGGCGAGUGGGUGUGGCCAACUGGAUGACAUCAAGGCGAUGGGGGAGGAGCUUGUAAAGCGCGGCCACAGUAAACACAGAGACGUGAAGUGCCAUCUGAAAAGCGUCAGCAGCAGGUGGGAGCGUCUGCAGCGGCUGAAAGAGGACAAAGGCCGUGAGCUUCUGAGUUCUGCUGACGUCCAGUCCUUCCUCCGGAGCUGUGAUGAGACCAGGGCCCAGCUCCAGGACCAGGUCUCCAGACUGGGACCAGACCAGGACCAGCUCUCCAGACAGGGAUACGGCCAGGACCAUGUGGAUGCCCACAUGGGGGCGCUGUCUCUAAAACAUGCAGAGGAGGCCCAGAACCAGGCGCAGAGGGACAUCCACGUCCUCCAGGCCAAGAUCGCAUACCUCAAAAACAUUGCCAAAAUGAAGCAGGAGAGCUGUCCAGAGGAGAGCGCCUCCCUCAUGCAGGAGGUGAAGGCUCUGGAGCAGCUGCUGACACAGGUGAAGAAUCUUGCGGCUGAUAGACAGACUCACCUGGUCGAAACACGGCGUCUGCACAGUUUCCUGUUUCAGUCCAAACAACUGCAGCUGUGGGCGGAGUCAGCCAGAGACCGCCUCCGAUUGGCCGACACGGGCUCUGACGUCGCAUCAGCCCUGGCUCUGAUUGGACAGCAUCAAGAGCUGAGGGAGGAACUAGACCAACAACACGACAGGCUGCAGGAGAUGGAGGCUGAGGCCAAAUCUCUGCGUAAAUCUGAAAACGUGGACAUCCAAGGGUCGCUGAACUCUCUCAAAUCUGACUGGAUUAAACUGGAAAAACUGUGGACCAAAAGGAGACAACACCUGGAAGAAGGGGUGGAGCUUCACCGACUGAACCAGGAAGCGGACCGCAUCGAGGCAGCGCUGUCGGGACAUGAAGCCCGACUCCGUGUCAAGGAUUUGGGGGACUCCGUGGACAGUGUGCAAGGGUUGCUGAAGCGUCAUGACGAGCUGCAAGAGCUAAUCCGUGCUCUGGACCUGAGAGUGGAAUUGUUUACUCAACGCUGCCAGCGUCUGGUGGAGGAGCAGCACUACGCCUCCACACAUAUCAGAGAGAGAAGUAGGACCAUACAGAAGGCCCAGCUCAGACUAAACGACAGCAGCCACCAGAGGAGAGCUGAGCUGGUCAACGCACACAAGUACCAGGAGUUCCUCAGAGAUGCGGAGGAGCUGCUGCUGUGGAUGGAGGAAAAGUCUAAAGUGGCUGAAGACGAAUCGUACCGUGAUCCGACAAACGUCCUUUACAAACUGAAGCGGCACGAGGCUCUGGAGAAGGAGAUGGAGGCGAACAGGAGCCGCCUGGAUUCUCUGCUGCAGAUGGGGCAGCGGCUGCAGUCAGAGCUCCAGGACCACACACAGAGCCUCAGCAGGAAGUGCACCCAGCUGAGGAACCGCUGGAGGAGGCUGGAGGAGCAGAUGAAGGAGAGAGGAGACAAGCUGAGACAAGCAGGACAGCAGGAGCAACUGAUGGACCUACUCCAGGACGCCAAGCUGAAGAUUGAGGCCAUUCAGUGGAUGCUGAACAACGCAGCCAAAGGCCACGACCUCCGCUCCAGUCGACAGCUGCUCAAGGAGCACCAGCAGCUGGAGCAGGAGGCCUCAGAACUUCAUGAGAAAAUGGAUUCCAUUGUGAAACGAGUCAAACGUUUGGCUUCAACUCACUUCGACUCUCAGAGACUUCUGCAGGACACAGACACACACCUAGGGCUGUUCAGGAGUCUGCAGAAGCCUCUGGAGCAGCGGCGCCUAGUGCUAGAGGCCUCAGUUCUUCUGUUUGAGUUCCUUCAUGACGUGGAGCUGGAGCUGAGCUGGAUCUGGGACCGACUGAGCGUGUGCAAAAGAGACACUCCGGACAAGGGUCUAUCUGUGAUGCUCAGCCUCAGCCACAAACACAAGGAGCUGCAAGCGGAGGUGAAAGCCCACAGCAAACACAUGAACUCAGUCCUGAAAAAGGGGAGGAGCCUGGCAAAUAGUCACCAAUCCAGUGCCUCAGUCAUCAGGGACAGGUGUGACCAUCUGAAGGCCGAGUGGGAGGAGCUAGAGGAGGCCUGCAACAGACGAGCCAAUCACCUGCAUCGAGCCCUGACCAGAGAACAGCUUCUGCUUGACUGCUCUGAGCUGGAGUCCAGAAUCACUGAAGCUCUGAAUUUAGUGUCGACUGGGGAUUAUGGGAAGGAUUCAGGAGCCACACAGAGCCACAUCUCCAAACACCAGGUGCUGCUGGGGCAGGUGGAGGUGUUGCAGACAGAGGUGGAGGCUCUUGAGCAGCAGCUGCAGAAGGUUCAGAGGAAAUGGAACCAGGAAGAACUGACCAGGAAAUCAUGCCACCUGGAGGACUUGUUCCAGAAUCUACAACACCAGGCACACACCAGGGGUCAGCGGUUGCAGGAAGUGCUUUCUCUCCAUGAGUUCAAACACGAGGCGUCGGAGCUGGAGGACUGGAUGAACCAGCAGAGACAGAGCGUGGAGGUCCAGGAGCCCAGCAGCCAGCAGCACCUGGAGCUGCUGAGGGGGAAGUUGGACGGGUUCCUCAAACAUCUGGACGUGUGUGAGGAGCGUCUGCAGAUGUGCAGAGACUCUGGGAACAGAAUGAUCCGGAACAAGCAUCCGGAGAGGAGCGCAGUGAAGGAGCAGCUGCAGGAGCUCAGUGCAUGCUGGGAAGAGCUGAGGGCCAUAGCCUCAGAGCGAGAGAACCACCUGCAGAAGGAGGAGUCGUGUCUGAGGUUCUACCAGGAGCUCAGCGACGCACUGGCUCUCAUCAAAGAGCGACAGAAGAGCAUCCCUGACUCUGUGGCCAAAGACCUCAGAGGAGUGAAGUCUCAGCUGAAGAAACAUCAGACACUUCUGCAGGAGCUGGCGGCCACAGAACACCAGUUGCAGGAACAGCUGAAUGCUACAGACGCCAUCUUGGAUCUCUGCUCGCCUCACCUCAAGCUUCGCCUUCAGGAAGUGCAGCAAGAAGUCAUGGACAGAUGGGAGGAAAUCCGUCUGGACGCAGAUCGCAGAGAGGAGGAGCUUCACGUGGCACUGCAGAGACACCAGUUCCUCAACACGGUGCACGAUUACUUGUCCUGGUGUGCGGAACUCCGAGCAGCGAUGGCAGCAGAAGAAAGCAUCAGUGACGUGUCAACAGCAGACCUCCUGUUGUCUGCACACCAGCAGCUUCGACACCAGAUGGACCAGCGGCAGCAGGUGUACCAGCAAACUCUGGACCAGGGGGCGGAGCUGCAGACCAUGGACAGGAGCAUCAGGAGGGAGGUGGAGGAGAAGCUGCAGAGUGUGUGUGCAGAGAGAGAGCGUGUGGAGAAGCAGUGGACAGAGAGACAGAGGAACUUAGAACAGAUUCAUCUGGAACAACUGUUCUACAGAGAAGCUCACAGUCUGGACAAAGUCUCUGCAUCACAGGAGGUGCUGCUGCAGAACGCGGCGAUGGGAAACUCCGUGGACGAGAUCGAGGCUCUGAUCAAACGCCACGAAGCCUUCGAGAAGCUGCUGCUUUCUCAGGACGACAAGCUGUCAUCUCUGAAGGAGCAAAGCGAUCGUUUGAAGACCCGUCUGAGCUCAGAGAGCAGUAGCCGAGUCCGGAGCAAAUACAUGUCUGUUCUGAAGCGAAGACACAUCAUCAAAGAUCUGUCAGAGAGAAGACGAGAGGAGCUGCACCUGCACCACCUCACGGCUCAAUUCUACAGAGACACAGACCUGGCAGAAGAGUGGAUCUGCGAGCGCACACACAAACUCUCUGAGGGCAAGGAGGCCGAUCUGAGCAGCUUACAGAGUAAACUGCACCUGCUGCAGAAACAUCAGGCGUUUGAGUCAGAGAUCCAGGCUCAUAGAGAGGACAUCCGCACUGUUCUGGAGUCUGGGAAGCGGCUGCUGUCCCUAUCUCCCAUCUGCUCUAAAGACGUGAGCCGCACCAUGGCGUCGCUACAGCUGCACUGGGACGAUCUGCAGACAGCUGUGUCUCUUAGAGGAAGCUCCAUCCAGGACCACAGGGACCUGCUGGAGUUCCUGCAGAAGGUGGAGGAGACGGAGGCCUGGAUCAGAGACAAGGAAGUGCUGAUCAACGUUGGAGAUCUGGGGAAGGACUAUGAGCACGGAGUCCAGCUCCUGAAGAGACUGAGCGAGUUCAGAGCCAAAGGCCGAGGGGAGACGGUGGACGACGCACUCAUCAAAGCCAUCAACGACAGUGGUGUUCAUCUGGAGAAACGUCCGAGGAGCGAGGAGGUGCAGACUGUGAGGAGGAGGAGGCAGCAGCUCAACGACAGGUGGGGCCGCUUCCAUGUGGAUCUGAGUCAGUACAAGGACAAACUGCAGGGGGCGCUGGUGGUGCACAAGCUAAUCCGAGAGCUAGAGGAGCUCCGAGACCGAGCCAGCGAGAAGACUCUGCUGGUGCAGCGCCAGGACUGUGGCUCCGAUGUGGAGACUGUGGAGAACCUGAUCCGACGUCACGAGGAGACGGAGAGGGAGGCGGGAGUGAUCCAGGAGAGAGCCCAGAGUCUGGAGCUGGAGGUGAACUCUCAACUCAAGAGCAGCUCGGUCCUCAGAGACAAACUGAAGAACACACUGAGAGAGACGCAGAAGACGGUGAAAGAGCUGAGACAUGAGACUGGACAGAGGAAGCAGAGUCUGCAGGAGGCGCACCAGCUGCAGCUCUUCAAAGCCAACCAGCGCCUCCUGCUGGACUGGUGUCAGAAGUGCAGAGCAGACCUGGAGCAGAGAGAGGCCCCUGGGAGCCUGCAGGAGGAGGAGCAGCUGCUGACGGAGCACAGGGACUGGAGGGCUGAGAUCGAUGCUCGCUCUGAACGCCUCGACUCCGUGAAGGACUUUGGCUCAGGCCUGAUCCGGUCUGGACACAGGUCUAAGUCUGAGAUCCAGAGAGCCCUGAACCAGCUGGACCAGGCAAAAGCCGACCUGGAGCAGACCUGGACUCAACGUGGUCUGGUCCUGGAGCAGACUCGGACUCUACAGAUGUUCCUGUUGUCUGUGGAGCAGUGUGAGGUCUGGCUCAGCAACAAAGAAGUUUUUCUCUCCAACCACGACCAAGGGAGUUCUGUGUCAGAGGUGGAGGUUCUGCUGAGGAAACACUCCCAGUUUGAGGAGGAGCUGGAGACUCAGGUCCAGAGGCUGCAGCAGGUGGAGACCCAGGCCCAAAACAUGGUCCAGGACAAACACCAGGACUCAAAGACCAUCAGAGAGAAAAUUACUGCACUCAAGAACAGACGCUGUGAGCUUCAAAAAAACAGCAGAACUCGUCUCCGAGACUUGGAGCAGUCUCUUCAGCUUCAGCAGUUCUUGUCCAACGCCUACCAGUUUGGAGUGUGGCUGUCGGAACGGAACGCUGUGGCUCUGGAUGAGAACUGGAGGGAACCAACCAACCUGCAGGCCAAGAUCCUCAAGCACCAGACCUUUGAGAGCGAGGUCCUGGCUAACCACUACCAGCUGGACCAUCUGAACCAGGAGGGUCAGAAGCUGAUGAGUGAGAGUCGUUCUGCGAAGGUGAAGGUCGGUCCCAAACUCAGAGAAAUGAGCGGGAACUGGGAGUCUCUGCUACACAACUGCAGAGAGAAGAAGAGCCGUCUGCAGGAGGCCUACAGGGCGCUGCAGUUGGAGCGUUGCCUUGACGACAUACAGCAGUGGGUGGAGUCAGUGGAGAAGGGUGUGGCCUGUGAGGACCACGGCGAGGACCUGGUCUCUGUCACUCGGCUCCUGAAGAGUCUGCAGGGACUGGAGCAGGAAGUGGACGGACUCCGAGAGCGCCUCCAGAGUUUGUUGGAGACAGCAAAGAGUCUGCAGUCUGAAGGGAACUUUAUGGCCAAUGAGAUUCAGACCAGAGUGGCACAGACCAUCAAGAGGUACAACGGGCUGAGUGCGCCCAUGCAGCGGCGCAGAGAGGCGCUGGAAAGCUGGAGCCGUCUGUUCCAGUUCCACAAAGACGUGGAGCAGGAGGAGGCCUGGACCAGAGACACUCUGCCAAGUGUGCGGAGUGAGGAGCUGGGCUCUACACAGAGCUCCACCCAACUGCUGCUGCACAAGCACCAGUCUGUGAUGAAGGCUCUGUCCUCUCGCUCUGCUGCACUGAAGUCUAUAGAGGAAACUGAACGAGAUCUGGUGAGAGCGCGGCACUUUGCUUCCCGUGACAUCAGAGAGCGAGUGGAUGAACUGAAGCGUCUCCAUGAUCAGCUGCAGACUCAGGCUCAGAGAAAAGACCAGCUCCUGCAGCAGGCACUACGCAUCCACUGCUUCAUGGACCAGGUGUCGGAGCUGGAGCAGCGUGUGCAGGACCAGCACUCGCUCCUGGUCACCUCAGACUGUGGCAGAGAUGAGGAGAGCACCAUGGUUCUUCUGAAGGCUCUGGAUUCUGUGGACGCAGAGCUGCAGAACCACAACAGCUCUGUGUCCAAACUGCAGCAGACCAGAGCAGCGUUGGAGGAACUCAAGCAUCCCAACAGCCACCUGGUGUCCGACUCUCUCUCUGGUCUCUCGCACCUGUUGGAGUCGGUCCUGGUUCUGGCCUCGUCCCGUCGAUCGGCUCUGUCCGAUCAGCUGCGGCUCUACGCCUACAAACGAGAGGCCAAAGAACUACAAACAUGGCUCGCGAAGAAGAAGGGCCUGGCUGAGGCUGAGGACUGUGGGCAGGACCUGGAAGGGGUGGAGCUUUUGCAGAAGCGGCUGGAGGGCCUGAUGCUGGAGGUCUCUGGUCUGGGUCGCAACCGCCUCACUGCAGUCCAACUGCUGGUCCAGGGGCUCCACAGUGACUCUGAGUCUCCAGCAGGGGGCGAGCUGAGCCAAGUGUGGGAGGAUCUGAGCCGAGCCCUCACUUUCAGAGAACAGAAGUUGCGCUUGGCUCGGGAGGUGCACCAGUUCCAUCAUGACGUGGAGGAGCUCAGGGGCUGGAUGGCAGAGAAAGACCUGGUUCUGGACUCAGAGGAACCAGACCAGGACCUGGUCUCAGUCCAGACUCUGGUCCGACAGCACGAAGCCCUGGAGAGGGACCUGGCUCUGAUCUCGGAGGAGGUGACUCGCUGUGGCUGUGAGGGCCGUGCUCUGAUUGGCCGACAGCCUGCGGUCCAGCGCUCUGUGGACCAGACUCUGAGGGAGGUGGGGGAGAGUUGGGAGAGUCUGCAGCAGAAGGCCUCAGAGCGGAGAGAGAGACUGAGGAGAGCCCAAGACCUGUGCAACUUCAGGGACCACUGUAACCAAAUAAUGUCGUGGCUGAGGCAGACCCUUUCCCAGCUCAGAGCCGAGUCCAAGUUGGUCUCUGCCUCUGGAUCAGGAUCAGACCUGGUUCAUGUGAUCAGGAAGCACUCAGAGAGCAGAGACCAGAUGGAGAGACAGACCAGCAAGAUCCAGGCCUUGAAGGAGGAGGGACUGAGACUACAGCAGGAGGAGGGCAUGUCUGCUGAGGUGGAGACCAGAGUCCAGGAGGUGCAGCUGGUCCAGGAUCAGCUCUGGUCUCUGUGGGACGAGCUGCAAGUGUUUUAUGAAGAAGAACUGGAGAUGUUUCUGCUGAAGAAAGAGAUGGAGCAGGCUGAUCGCUGGCUCAGUAGCUACGAGAGGACCCUCACCUCCCAGGACUAUGGGGACUGUGUGUCUGAUGUUCUGGAGCUGCUGAAGCAACAGGAGGAUCUGGAUGCCAUGAUCCAGGCUCAGAGCGACCGCUUCAGGGCUCUGCAGGAGAAGAAGACUCAGAGAGAGAAGCGUCUCCUGGACGUCCCGGAUAGAAUUGCUCCAGCCAGAGUCUCGUCGCUCACGAGAAAACCGUCAGACUCCAGACUCAGACCCAGCUCCACCUUCAGAAACAUCCAGACCUCCACUCUGUCCGACCAAACCUCCUCCGCAAAGCCUCGCUCAUUCCUCCAAGACCUCCCCACAGGCUCUGUGUCUGACCACAGCGAGGAAGAGGAGACACGAAAGGCUGCCACCAGUACUCACGGCAGAUUUAUGGAUAGGAACGUCAAGAACACAGCUCUGUCUGAGUCACUCAAAGACGGCCGAAGUGAUAAAACAACAACAAAACCACAUAGCUCCGAGUUUGACUCCAGGGAAAAGUCAGCUAUGCCUCCUACUCCCAAAAGUCCCGGAUCGCCCACUGAGACCAAAGUCAAGCCUGCUCUGGCUCCGAAACCUUGUCUGAAGCCAGAAGUGUCCACCCAACAGUCUGAGAAAGUGGUCAGAGGUCUCACUCCUCCGUCCGUGGCUCCCCCUGCGCCUCCUUCCAUUAAAGAAGAAUUAACUGCUAAGUCUGAGCAGGAUUCUUCCCAUAUUCAGGAAUCGAAGAGGAGAUUGGACAGUCCUCCUCCAGGAGAGAUAGCAGUGGAGAACUAUGGGCAGAACGUAAGGAUGCAGGGGACUCUAGAGAUCAAACUCAAACAAGGAGGAACCAAGGUGGAUCACUGGGAGGAGGUGUUUGCCGUCCUGGAGGCUGACGUCCUGAGACUGUUCCACGACAGGGCAGCUGCGUCUAAAGGGACCUCUAGGUGGCCCCCCAUCAGCCUGAGAGGAGCCCUGUGCAGAGAGAACGUCUUCUACCGCCGCAAAGACCACACUUUCAAACUGGCGCUGGAGGACGGUUCUCAGUACCUGUUUGCAGCUCUCACCAAAGACCUGCAGCAUCUGUGGAUCCGGAGGCUGCAGAACCAGGACUCUGACUCGAACUCUGAAGACUCUGGGAGGGCCUCUUCAGUCAACGUGAGUCUGGAGAAACUCAGCGACGCCACAGAGACCGAGGACACGGGGUCUAAGGAGGGACCAGACCAGAGACCUGAGACCAGAGAGAUCAUUGAGAGCAGCGAGACCACACCUGAAGCACCAGAGCAGGAGGAGCUAGAGCCACCGUCCAGUCCUCCCCCAAAACCUCCCCACACCUACUACAACCGGCACCGAUACAACUCCACCAGCGAAGGACCCACAGCUCCAGACCCAGAGUCUAAACCUGCAGCUUCUGAAGAGGCCAGCAGGGAGCGCCCUCGCAUCAGUGUGCUGCGCCGCCUCUUCAGGAAAUGA